GGUAAAUACAAGUUUAUAAAAUCGUAGCAACUGCUACGUGUAAUCCAACAGUUGCAUUGUUUUUGGGCAAUCGUUGAAAUAUGAGCCAUUCGAACAAUAUUUUACAUGAAGAAAACUUUUUUUCCAAAUUCGGACAGUAUGAAUUCGAGAGAGCGAAGAGGCGUGAAGAGCUUCUUCAAGACUACCUAGAAUUCAAGCAAAGAGAGGAAGAGAACUUUUAUAACAGGUUCUCCGAUAAAAAAAAAUUUAACCAGUCGCAGAAACACGUGGAAUCCUCGAAGGUUGACAGCCGUCGAAAUAAAGCUGAAGCAUAUGGUAUACAAGACCAGCUAUUAAAGAGUGACUUAGGAAGCAGGUUAGCGGAGCUCGAAAAUAAAGUUAGCUCACUCUUCAGCGACGAAAAGCCUGUAGUGCAAAGAAACUUUGAUAAACCUGAUAUUGUCAGCUCGAAUGAUAAAUCCCUAGUAUCAUAUACCGGGAGCGCUCCUCCGAUCAAAGAAUUGAAGAACAAUGCUUUGCCUAACAGUCUAGACGCUGAAAGCAAUAAUUACGAGGAUCUGAAAAGACGCCUACAUCAGAUAACGGAAGCAGACAAGCGUCUUAAUCUUAUAGAAGAAGAAUACAAUAAGCUGAAAAAUGUUCAAAGUUUGUAUGCAUUAGAUCAUUCAAAUCCAGUGAAUCAAGGUUUUCCCAACUUACUAGUGCGUUCAGGGAAUUCUUCAAAGAAUGAAGAGGAGUAUUCUAAGCAAAAUCGUAAAGACAAGUAUAGGAAAGAGUUAGAAUCACAGAUUGCUGAGGCCGAGAGAAAGCGUUUAUACGAGAAGGCGGAAAGCACAAAAGAGAAUACUAUGUGCUCUAUAACGAACCAAUUAAAUAAAACAUCAAAAAUGGAAACAAAUGAGAUAAACCCAAAUAAAACACAUUUGGAUUUAACAGAAUGUCUAUACUUUGAUAUAGGCCAGAAGGAUUUGCUCGCAGCACAUAUGUCGAAUCCAUAUUCACCAACUGAAAGACUGGCAACUAGUGGUAGUAGUAGCAGCAAACCGAAUACAGUACAGAACCCAAUAGAUUUAAAAUUAAAAAAGAUGCAAUAUGCUGAAGAGCUGAGAAAACAGAUUGAGGAGGCAAGGGCAAAAAAAGCUAAGCAGAAAAAAGAAGACGAAGAGUACAACAGAAAGAUCGAUGAGCAGAACUGCAACCUUGGCUUAUCAAAGGAAAUCAAUCUUCCUCAGCAAAACGUACUAGACUCUGUCAACCUCCAUCAAUUUCCUGAUCAACAAGCGUGUACUGGGUUAGAUAUGUCAAGCGAAACCAAUCCAGAAGCUUUAGCUAGAGUUUCAGAAAGUCUAAAACCUAAUUUUGCCAGAGGUGGACAUGGAAUAUUUGGUAGCCCACUAACGGAAGUGCAGAAACGUAAUCUUCAGGAGUACAAAAAAGAACUAGCUCAACAGAUUGCAGAGAAACGUCAUUUUAUGGAACUUAAGAAGCAAAAGGAAAUUGAGCUUGAGCAACGGGAAUUGGAAAGGAUUCGAGAAGAACGAUCGAAAAUGCAAAAGGAGUUUGAAGCUGAACAAGAACGGAAGCAAAACAAAGUUGAGAGAGAUAUUCAACAAAUUAGUGACAAAAUUGAUAUGAAUACGGUGAAGCAUAAAGGACACACUGGAACUAAAAAGUCUACUGAGAUGAAGACUACCAGGUCCAAACGUCUGUCAAAAAAUAUGGAGUCACCAAAAUGCAGUCCUAAAAUCUUAAUAGGACCACACACUAGUAAAUUAGAUCGUCUGAAGCAGUUUGAUGAUGAAACAUCUGAUAAAAGCGGCUGUGAAAAGAUGCAGUCAAUACUGAAACAGCUCAACACAUUAAGAACUCAACUAGACAAUGAGAAAUCUAAGAUUGAGUCGAUGUAUUACCAAAAGAGAAAUCCUUAUGGUUAUAACAAAGAAUAUGUAGAGGUUGGUACAUGUAAACAACGGUCUCGACCUCGAGUAAACAUGAAGGCGGUGGAACUAUUCCAAGAUGCCUCGAGUAUUGACAAAAAUAGAUCAGCACGGCAAAUGCCUGGUAAUGUUCAAAAUUUCGAAACCGAAGGUUUGUUAGAAAGACCUUAUAAAGAAGAUUUACGAGAAAUAGACCAAAAACAAAUAGUUGUUUUGAGAAAACAAGACAAUUAUCUCCAAGAAUUGAGAAUGAAAUUAAUGCAAACUGUUAACGAUAAAAGCAGAGCCCACUCGGUGGAGGAAAGAAAGUCACGAAGUUGGAACCCACCUGAGAUGCGAAACUCACUGUUAGAUGACAAUGAUUCGCUAAUCAAACCUCAAAAUCAGCUAGAUGAGAGGCGGAAGUCAAAUUCUUUUACUAACGGUUGUAUUGACUUAAACCGAAUCGCCGAAAAAAAUAAACAGCGUUUAUUGAGAUUAGAUGCAAUCCAACUACUAAAUGAAGUAAGUGAUGAUCCUGAAUCAGUUCUGGAGCGUUUCGUUAGUGAACAUGACGAAUUGUUUUCAAGUGAACACAAAAACAAUAUAUUUUAACCAUUUCAAUUUGGUUGUCCUUAUUUCAAUCAAACUGACUCACUUUACAACGAAUAUGUAUGCUACAUAUCUGUAAUAUAUAUUUGAGAUUGAUUUAUCUAAGUACAUUACAUUGGCAAUCCAUGUAUUGAGAUUAUUUCAAGACAUCAUUGUUUAAAAUUCAUUUCGCAUUUCGUUUUAGGACUGAAGGCAGUUAUUAUUACUAGAAUUGGAAAAAUACGGUUACAUGGAAAUAAAUAUAUGG